AUGACAUAACAUCACCUGGGUGGGACAGGAAGGGCUCUCGCGAGAACCCCACAUUUUUUCAUUUCCUUUUCAAACCUCUCUCUCGACUCUCUGGUCUCGUGUGUCUCCUUUUCCAGUGAGGGGUCUCCGAGCAUACAACCCGACCCCUGAGCUGGAAGCGGAAGAAUGCUGCCGGGACAGCGAAAAAACUGAGUGGGUUUUUCGAAGUGAAUCGAACAAAAACGAAAAAAAAGUAAGCAGAUAAUUGGCAAGAAAAACGAAACCCGGGUUCGAUUUGAUUCGUACUGAACCGAUUAAAUCGACGUUGUGCGAUAUUGGCAACAUGAAGUGUCCGGGGGUCGUCUUUUUGGCUGCGCUUGUCUUCAGUGUCGGGCUCUUGACUUCCUGUCCCUUGACUUUGUCGCAAGAAACUGAUUCUUCCGCUCCCCAAACAACAUCAGAAGAAAUCGCACCCGAAUUGGUUGAACAGGCACCUGCUGGUAUGUGUCACCCUGACGAUAUACCCAAAUUCUUGGGUUUCAGCGUCCAAGUACGUCUACGAAGGCCUCUUAGUGUUGGACAACUCACACCGGAAGUGAGUGGCUCGUCAGAAGAAGUUCCUCCUGUGUCCACGGAAGAACCUCAAGCAGCUGAAGGUGAAUCUCAUGAAGCAUCCGCUGUGGAGCCCACGACAGAAACAAGCAGCUCUGAAAUCCCAGUUUCAGAGUCUGAAGAAGAAAAAUUGUCCCUGGUAGAAGGAGAACCCACACUUUCAGUGGAAAACGCGUCCGGUGAAACAGAACAACCGGAAGCUGUUCCGGAAACGGAUCCAACAAUUUCCGCAGAAAUCAUUCAGGAAACAUCAUUAGAAUCUCCUGCAUCUGCUGAAACCACACCUCCUCCGGAAGAACAACCGAUCUGCCAGAGAGACAAAGAUGCGGAAAUCAGCGCGAAACCUCUGAUACUCCUCAUGGGACCAACAGGGACUGGAAAAACGAGUGCCAUCAAGUACCUCCUUGGCCUGGAUUCCGCGUCUGCGAUUCCUCGGAUACCCAUCGGUCCUGUGCCUGCUCAAAGUCAAUUCACUAUUUGGCGGCAUGCGGAGAAUCCGUCUGUGGAGAUGGGACCGGAAUUGGCAGCUGACGCCACUUUCACGACACUGCAAAAGUUCGGCUUGUCCGCCUUGGACAGGGUCACGGGGAUCCGACUGAAGGCACCUCUACUCGACAAGGUGACAAUUGUGGAUGCCCCUGCAAUUAUUGAAAGCAUUGGCCAUUUGGGAGAACGAAGAACUGUUCCAGUCAACGAUUUGUACCAAUGGUUCAUUGACAGAGCUGACCUCAUCCUUCUCCUGUUUGACCCACACAAGCCAGACGUUGGAAUGGAAUUGGAGGCUCUGAUGGACCAACUGAAAGGUCGGGAAGCUCAGACUCGCAUCGUGGUGAACAAGGCGGAUUCUGUAUCAGCCAGCGAUUUGACAGUAGCUCAAGCGAACUUGCUGUGGAACCUUGCACCGAUGCUUGGUGGUAACAGAGCACCAGCCUUGCUGUCGGUGUCGCUGAGGAACCAGGCCUACAAGUCCAACAGCUGCUCCAAGCUUCUCUCGCACCAAGAAGAAUUACUCUAUCAGGACAUCAUUGAUGUUUUUAAUAACCAAAUUGGACACAAGAUUGCCAGUGCGAGGAGACACGCUAUCCGUGUAAGAAAUCACUCCAAGUUGGUGAACCUGUACCUGAAAGCAUAUGCGAAGAACAAGGGCCUUUUCAGCAACAAAAAGAAGGUCGCUUUGCAAAUACUCGACGACCCUUUCAAGUACAGAAUCUACCAGGAAGUGGCUUUCAACAAAAACGUGUCUCGCUACGAUCUGCCAGAUCCGGAAAUCUACCGGGAAUUCUUCAUGCAGCACACACUCUUUGAUUUCAAAAAGUUCGAAGAUCUCUGCACUUAUUUCAAGGGCUGUCCGCAGGACAAGUUAGACCUCGCAAUCGCGUACGAAUUUCCGGAAAUUGUUGCCAAAUUCAAGUCAGAGUCGUCGACGGCAUCAGUAGAACCAGCAGCAACUCAAGACAGCGACGUUAAAGGCCAAGAAAUGCCAGUCGCUGCUGCUUGA